AUGUCGACUCUGACUGUAGCUAACACUAGCCAUGCCUGCCAUACUCCCCAUAGAAACUAUGAAACUACAACUAACUCCACUCCACAGGGAACACCUCAACCUAUGACUUGGAAUCCAAAGGCUGGAAAUGGCCAGCCGAAUCGUUAUCUGGUGAAAUCAGCCACCCCAGUUUUCAGACCGCAGCUGGGUAUUGCAACUGAGUCUACGACAAUCACCUCUGAGUCAAAAACAUCCUUACCAAUUGGUAUCCGUGAGACUGAAAAGAACAAGAUGCCCAAGCUACCUCAAGCUUCUGCUGUGGCUAUGAUCGGGGCAAAUCCUUUGUUUGACCGUGGCUCGGAUGAUAACAAUCUGCGUCAUUUGAAUCAUCGCCUUACCUCAAAAAUGAUCAAAAGGAAUUCAGAGACUGGCCAUGUCAUGGAAUUUCACAGUGUCGAGGUGCGGGAAUACAAUAUGUUACAAAAUGUGUUGGAAGAGAGGGGCCGAGUAAGACCCAGGCUGACUUACGACUAUAUCGAGCGCCUCCUCCUUGUCGACAUGCCUAGUACCGUCCAUGGAGUGCCCUUCACCAAAAUCAAGGACUCCUUCGCUUCUACGUUGCAACUUCUUCCAUACAAUCACAAACUCAUCUGUUCGGAUGUCAACAUGAACUUAACAUUGGAGAUCCCGGGUAGAUCAGUCAUUCCCAAUAUAUGUACCAGUAUGAUGAAAGCAAAAGGGCUCGCCAACGAGCUGCUGAUUCCGCUCAUCGGAGAGUGCGCAUGCUCAGUCACUGUAGCCAGCACCUUGGAGAGAAUGGGGAGGAUCAUCAGAGCUCAUCUGGAGGCUGCUGUGGCCAUAUUAGCGAUAGUUCAGGAGGUGAAGGCAAACCAGUGUCCACAGGUGGGCUCCAUCGCGUCGGAGACUCUCUCGGCCUCAGAGAGGCCCAUGGUCCUCAAGCAAUUCAUCACCAAAGAAUUCACACUCGGUGAACCUGUCAAGAUCACAGGGCAUGACUGGUGUCAUCUUAGUUCGGUUGAGUAUAUGGUAUGGAUCAAGAAAGAUGGUGAAGCACAGAUAAGUAUUGAUGAUCACGACGAAGAGUACAUGGCACAUGGCAUACAUUUUUUUUUCAAUGUCGAACAAUCAGUUGCUGAUUCGAAAGUUUCUGACUAUAUCCAGAUGCUGUUUCCUGAGAUCAGGAUGGACGGCAUCGUGAACAUGCUCCGUCGAGGUUUGGAGAAAGUCAAAGACAUGUUCAUCAAUUUCACUCAAUGGCUCGACGAGACCAUGGACGUCACUUGGCUUGAAGAAGCUCGAGCGAUGUUCUCAAUUGAUUGGGACGAUACUGUCUCGUUGUUGAAUGGCGCAGUACACUCGACCUCUCACGCUCGAUACGUGAGUUGGCACGACAAUAUUAAGGCCGAAACUGAGCCCCAGCAGAUAGGAGCUGGAAAAUGUACGCGCGAUUCCUCGUAUACCCCAUCUCCCUCCGAGUCUUCGGCAUCAGACACUGACUUCGGAGAAACAUCUACAAUUUCUCGUGGACGUCCCAGACGCAAGCAACAUCCCGCCUCUCAACCUCCUCCUCGCAAAUCUGAAUUCUAUAUUCGGAAACAUCGCAUUUAG